AUCCUGUUAACUGGUCCUGCGACCAAGGAGUGAGAGAAAAUGGGGAAAAGUUUGGUUAUACGUCUACAGAAAGUGACACUGAGUGUACUGGGGUUGGCCCACUGGGUGAGUGGACACGGCAUCUCCAAUCUUCAAUCCUUGUCAUUCUCGCUCUAGAAAAAGGCAGGGAAUGAAUGAAUGAAGAAGAAGGUGGUGAAUUGCAGAGAAUACGUGGAGAUUGAAGGGUAGAAAUGGGUAAAUGGAAAUGGGUGCGGAAGUCGUAGAAUCUAUGCUCAACAUCUGUUCGUGAAAAUGCCUCAAUAAGGGGACCCACGACCCACCAGCAGGGGCGACCACUGUGGCUCUCCUCACGAAUAAAUAAUUUGAUUAUUGUCUGGUUUUUUAAAAAAGAGAGUUUCUUUUUUUUUUUUUCGCUCUGUUUUUUAGUUGUUAUUUAUUUAUGCUCGCCGGCGAUGCCUACGUCGGUUAGCUUAGCCAGGCAAUGCUUGACGCCCGAGGCGGCGCACGCGCUGGACGAGGCGGUGGGGGUGGCGCGACGGCGGGGGCAUGCCCAGACGACGUCGCUGCACGCCGUGUCGGCGAUGCUGUCGCUGCCGUCGUCGCUGCUCCGGGACGCCUGCGCGCGCGCGAGGAACUCGGCGUACUCUGCGCGGCUGCAGUUCAAGGCGCUGGAGCUGUGUCUUAGCGUGUCGCUGGACCGAGUCCCGUCGACCCAGCUCGCAGACGACCCGCCGGUUUCGAACUCGCUCAUGGCCGCCAUCAAGAGGUCUCAGGCGAACCAGAGGAGGCAGCCGGAGAAUUUUCAGUUGUACCAGCAGCUUCAGCAGCAGUCGUCGUCUUCCAUUUCGUGCAUAAAGGUUGAGCUCCAGCAUUUGAUUCUCUCCAUUCUUGAUGACCCUGUCGUGAGUCGAGUCUUCGGAGAAGCGGGUUUUCGAAGCUGCGAUAUCAAGCUCGCCAUUGUUCGACCCCUGCCUCAGCUUCUCCGAUACUCCCGAUCCAGAGGUCCGCCUCUGUUUCUCUGCAAUUUCAUCGACUCCGACCCAGGUCGCCGGAGCUUCAGUUUUCCCUAUUCCGGGUUCUUCACUGGCGACGAUAAUUGCAAGCGAAUCGGGGAAGUUCUCGGCAGGGGAAAGGGGAGGAAUCCUCUGCUUGUUGGCGUAUGCGCAUAUGAUGCGCUCCAGAGUUUCACAGAGAUGGUGGAGAAAGGAAGAUACAAUAUUUUGCCUGUGGAGAUAUCUGGGUGGAGCAUAAUUUGCAUCGAGAAGGAUGUUUUGAGGUUUUUCAAUGAGAAUUGCGACCAAGGGCUGAUAAAUUCCAGGUUUGAGGAGGUGGGUGUGCUAGUUCAACAUUGUUUGGGAGCUGGGUUGGUGGUGAAUUUUGGAGAUUUGAAGGUUUUUAUCGACCGUGAUGAUGCCUCUGUUGGUGUUGUGAGCUAUGUUGUUUCCCAGUUAACAAGAUUGUUGGAGAUUCAUGGUGGAAAAUUGCGGUUAAUGGGAGCAGUCUCGAGUUAUGAGACCUAUUUGAAAUUUCUUAAUAGAUAUCCAUCUAUUGAAAAAGACUGGGAUUUGCAGCUUCUGCCAAUCACUUCUCUUAGACCUCCAAUGGGGGAGCCCUAUGCAAGAUCGAGCUUGAUGGAGUCAUUUGUCCCAUUGGGUGGGUUUUUUUCUUCCCCUUGUGAGCUGAAGGGCCAGUUAAGUGGUUCAUAUCAAUUUACAUCUCGUUGUCAUCAGUGCAAUGAGAAGUGUGAGCAAGAAGUGGCUGCUCUGUCAAAGGGAGGAUUCACUGCUUCAGUUGCCGAUCAAUACCAACCUAACUUGCCUGCUUGGUUGCAGAUGGCUGAACUUGGCAAAAACACGGCAUUUGAUGUUGCAAAGGCCAAAGAUGAUGGCAUGCUAUUGUUGAAUGCUAAGAUUAUGGGGCUGCAAAAGAAAUGGGACAAUAUUUGCCAGCGUCUCCAGCACACCCAACCAUUUCCCAAGGCAGAUUUUUAUCGAGUGGGUUCUCAAGUUCCAUCUGUUGUGGGAUUUCAGGCUGUCAAGGACUCGAAGGAAAAUGCUGAUAAUCAUCGCAGCAGCAAAACAAAUGCAUCUCCAAGUGACAGUGGGUGCAAACAUGCAAAUUCAUGUGUGUCCAUGGAUCUACAAAAAGUUCCGGAAUCGACUCCAAGCACUCCACUUCCUCUAGUUUCCAAAAAUGAGAGUUUCCUAUCCAAACUCUUUGAAAAAUCUUCAAAAACUGAAGAGCAUGAGCCAGGGGGCCUCCAAUCUCGCACUUUAUCCACCUCAAGCGUGGGUGAUGGUCGAACAUCUCCUACAUCUGUGAAUUCUGUGACUACAGAUUUAGGGUUGGGACUGUUUUGUCCACCAAGUAAGCAAUUAAAGAAAGAUGCAAAACAAACUCAUCUGGGACCUCUGCCAGACUUUUCUAGCCGCUAUCCUGCAAAUGUUGACCUGGUAAAUGGGAGCAUCUCAAAUCCAUCUUCAUCCUGCUCAUGUCCUGAUUCUUGGGGCCAGUCUGAUCAAAGAGAUUUCAAGACGCUUUUUAGAGCCCUUACCGAAAGGAUUGAUUGGCAACAUGAAGCCAUAAGCGUGAUUAGUGAAACAAUAGCACACUGUCGACUGGGUAAUGAAAAACGGCAUGGAGCAAGUCCCAAAGGAGACAUAUGGUUCAAUUUCGUAGGACCUGAUAGGUUCAGCAAGAAGAAAAUUGCUGUUGCCCUUGCAGAGAUAUUGUAUGGACGCAGGGAAAGUUUUAUCUGUGUGGAUCUCAGUUCCCAAGAUGGUAUGAUCCAUAAAAGUGCAAACCAUGGUAGCCAAGAAAUGAAUGGAUACAAUGUAAAGUUCAGAGGAAAGAACGUGGUUGAUUAUAUUGCUGGGGAGUUGAGCAAGAAACCCUUGUCUGUUGUCUUCCUCGAAAAUGUGGAUCAGGCUGAUCUGCUGGCUCAAAACAGCUUGUUCCAUGCUAUUAAUACUGGUAAAUUUUGCGACUCACAUGGAAGAGAAGUCAGCAUUAACAAUGCUACCUUUGUGACAACAGCAAGAUUCAGGCAGGGUGACAAAGUUCUAUCUUCAGGUAAAGAACCUGCUAAAUAUUCUGAGGAAAGAAUAUCAAGAGCAAAGGGCUUGCCAAUGCAAAUUUUAAUUGGAUAUUCUCAUAGGGACGAUGACCAUGACAACUUUGGCCGCAGCUUGAGCCUAUCCAUAACCACGAACAAUGGCAUCUCUAACCAGAUUUUUCUGAAUAAAAGGAAGCUGGUUGGCAGCAGUGAAACCCUAGAGCAGAGUGAAACUUCGGAGAUGGCUAAGCGGGCACACAAGGCAUCAAACACAUAUCUGGAUUUGAACCUCCCGGCUGAAGAGAAUGAAGGGCAAGACGCUGAUCAUGUAGACCCUGACAACGACGAUUCCUCCACUGAAAACCCCAGGUCCUGGUUACAACAUUUCUCUGAUCAGAUUGAUGAAACAGUGGUUUUCAAGCCAUUUGAUUUUGAUGCACUGGCUGAGAAAGUAUUGAGAGAGAUCAGCAAGACGUUCCACGAGACCAUUGGUCCAGAGUCUUUGCUGGAGAUCAAUACAAAAGUCAUGGAGCAGAUCCUAGCAGCUGCAUGCUCGUCGGACAGGACCGGAGCUGUGGGGGAUUGGGUGGAACAGGUUCUAAGCAGGGGAUUUGCGGAAGCUCGAAAACGGUAUAAUCUCACUGCCCAUUGUGUUGUAAAACUUGUCCCUUGUGAGGGGAUUUUCAUGGAGGAUCAAGCACCAGGAGUUUGGCUUCCCUCUAGAAUUAUUUUGAACUGAUGUCCCAUGAAAACCUCAUUCUUGUAAUUACAUGUAUACUGUAGCAUUUAGCCUCCAGAAACCCUUCUUUUUAGCCUGUUAAUCCCAUAAUUUGUCUGGGGUUUUUUCGGGUUGGUGAUUUGUGAUUUACUUCUAUAUAGAAACUGCAGUUGGAGCUUGUGCUCUUAUGUUCAAAUACUAAAUCAGUGCCUCCGGCAUAGUUUCUUAGAAAA